AUGAAAGAUAAAGCUAUUCAUUCAUUUCUGACAUUACCGGUAGAACUUGUCUGUCGUAUUCUUGAUAAGCUUGAUACAUUUACUAUUCUAUGUUCAAUGCUCAAUGUUUGUACACGCAUUAAUGUAAUUGUAGAUGCCUACCGUCAACAUCAGACAAUCAAUACAUUACAAUCUCUCGGCAAUCAACUCGACCCUCAAAUAAUAUAUUAUCUAGCUAAUAUAUUACGACAUGACAAAAAAAUCACGAAGAUAAGACUUGGAAAUAGUGCCAUCGGCGAUAUAGGGACGCGAUAUCUAGCUAAUGUAUUACAAUAUAAUACAACACUCAUUGUGCUACAUCUUGGAUACAACGAAAUCGGUGAUGAAGGAACACAAUAUCUAGCAAAUGCAUUACAUCAGAAUACAACACUUGCUGCUCUACAUCUUUGGGGAAACAAAAUCACCAAUGCAGGAGCACGAGAUCUAGCAAAUGCAUUAAAAUAUAAUAGAACAUUAAUCAAACUUGAUCUUAGAUACAAUCAAAUUGGUCGUGCAGGAGCACGAUAUCUAGCGCAUGGAUUGCAGUAUAAUACAACACUCACAAUGCUAAGUCUUGAACAAAAUUCAAUCGAUUUUCAAGCAGGACAAUAUUUCGAAAUAGAAAUGAAAAAAGUUCCAUUAAGAGUGUGGCUUUAA